AUGGCCCAUGGCGGCUACGGCACCAAGACGGCUACGGGAAACCUGCGUAUCUUCAAUUGCAAGCAUUGCCAGAGAGCGUUUACCAGGGAAGAACAUCUCACAAGACACAUUCUUCUGACUCAUAACAAGCUUAAACCCUAUAUUUGUGGGAUUUGCCUGCGUCCCUUCUCGAGGCGUGAUUUGCUACUACGGCACGCAAAGAAUCUUCACCAGGGCUCCGAGGUGGCCGUGCUGCGGAUUCGUAAGCUGUGUAAGAAGGCACCUGAAGAGGAUGAAGAUAAAGGCGAAAAGGACGACCAGCGGAUGAAGAUGUCUGUGAACAUGCUAGUGUCGUAA